CCGCCCGUCCCGCUUCCGCUCCUGGGCGGAAGGAGGCGGGGAGCAGGGCAGGGCGGAGCACGCGGGCCAGAGCGCAGGCAGGUGCGGGCGUUGCACAGAGGUUUUUGAAGUCAUUCUUGCAGUGAUGACAGCAGUGAUGACGUGGUAGCGUGUCUGCUGCGUUUUGGACAACUUGAAAGAUAAGUGUUGGGACACAGCGUAUGUCUUAAGUAUGCAGUCUGUAAAUAUGCUUCUGAAAAACUUUGUCGGGUGUUCUGCCUUCCCCUUUGUUGUGCAACAUAGGAUGAAAAAGGAUUUAUUUCCACUCUGUAGACCUCUGAUUUUAUCACCUUGCUUGAAGGAGAGCACUUCACACAAUCCCUCUGAAAAGCUAGAUUUAGAUGAGUGGAAGAAGGUAAUGAAAUCUGGAUUGCAAGUUGCCAAUGAGACAGUGUCUGAGCAUAAGGAGCUUUCCACUUUGGCUGCUGCACGUGAGACUGUGGAGAUGUGGAGACUGGCUGGCAGAUCAGUUCCUGAAAAUAUCAGUGAAGAACAGCUAAAAACUUUCAUGGAAUGUUCUUCCAAGUCAUCUAAAAAGAAGUAUUUAAAGUACUUGCAUCUAAAAGAGCUUUACAAGAAAAAUGACAAAAGAAAGAUGGAGGAGAAAAAGGAAAGAAGGCUAGAAACCCAGGAGAAAGCUUCAAAAAGUGAUGAGAUCAAAAGGAAUUCAUUCAUCUGUUUGUGGGCCAAUGCUAUAGAAAAAACACAUAAUUGGAGAGCUGCUCAGUCUAUGGUCUUUGGCCAACCUCUAGUAUUUGACAUGUCUUUUGAAAAUGAUAUGUCACCCAGAGAAGUAGCAAAUACAGUUAGACAAAUAGUACUCAGUGAAAGUUGUAAUAGAAAAUCUGUGGAUCCAUUUCACAUUCACUUCUGUAACCUCAAAGACAACAGCCAGUAUCAUAGGGAAUUUAUCAAGUUUUACAGAGAAGCAUGGGACAAAUUACUUAUCACUGUGACAGACCAGUGCUAUACAAAUAUUUUUCCAAAGAACAAGAUUGUCUAUCUGACAGCUGAUUCUCCCAAAGUCAUGAAGACAUUCGAUCAUGAUAAAGUCUAUAUCAUUGGGUCAAUGGUUGACAAAAGCAUAAGAACAGGAGUUUCUUUAGCACAAGCAAAACGUUUGGGACUGGAGACUGCCAGCCUUCCACUAGAAAAGUACUUGCUUUGGAAUACAGGAGGCAAAAAUCUCACAUUGGACCAAAUGAUGCAUAUUUUAUUAACACUGAAAGAUACUGGAGACUGGAAGAAGGCUCUGGAAUUUGUUCCAAAAAGGAAAUAUUGUGGCUUUGUAGGUAGGUCUGUGCAUGAACUGAAAAAAACCUUAAAUCUGAUGAACACACUUAAACUUGGAAAGAGACAGGAAGAAGUACGAAAGCAAUUUGCAAAGAAUUACUCUAAGAAGCUAACACAGAAGUAGAGUGAUUGGGAAGAGAAGGAAUUUUAGAGAGAAACUGCUCUUUAGUACUUGAGUUUCUCUAGAUUUUGGGAGUUGUGUUCACCUGCUUUUGUUAGUCAAGUUUGAAAGGACUGCUGUCUGUUGUUAGGGAUUUUUUUUAAUAACCUUAGUAUUCCAGCUGUUUGCAUAUGAUCUUAUUCUCAGAUUUAUUGAAAUUAAAUAAGAAAAAAAAUGAGAUGUUAUGAUCUGUAAAUUGAACCAUUAAAGUAUGAAUAUGUUCCAUUGAUUCA